AUGGCGUUGCUGCUACAGUCAGUGCUGCUACAGUCAGUGCUGCUACAGUCAGUGCUGCUGCUAAUGCUUGAGGCGUCCGCCAAUGAGCAUUUUAUACUGUCUGUAAAAGAAAACCCAAGUGUUCUUCCCUCAGGAGAUACGCUUGUGUCGUUGGAGCUAUCGUCCGCUGUGCCAUCGGACCUCCUGACAACUUCGCGCGUCCUCGUGCCCGUCGCUUUCGACUCGUUUAUAGUUAAGGGUCAGUGGACCCUAGGCAACUGGAGUGUACCUUUAUCGUCGAUGUUGUCAUCAGUCGGAGGCACCAGUCAUACGGUUCAGGUGGACGUGCAGCUUACGAACGUUGGUAACGUGACCAUCUCGCAAUUAUUGGUCCAAGCGGACCCUACACCUCUUGAGAGCGUAGAUCUGUCGCUUUCGUUCGGAAGUGACGCUCUGGAUGCUCUUUAUAAUCUCGAGGUGAUCCGUGUAGAUGGUAUACAGGCAGCGUUUGAGGACCGGUGGCUUCCAGUAGGAGUGAAUUUAAAGCAAUUAACGUUUGACAAGACGACAGUCGAAAACUUUGAGCUGGACAAGACAGUGUUAAUUCAUGAAAUGAUCAUUCGAAAUAGUACUCUGUCGUUUCCUACGGCGGUGCUGGGUCUAGAGGCAGCGGUAACAACUCUUAUUAUGGAGGCGAAUACGAUCUCGGGGCCAAUACAAUUGACAGAAGACAAAUACGCUCGUUUGGUUAGCAUAUCGGACUUCCGAACGACGGAGAAUAUUGUCAACAUGACAGAAGGUGGCAUGUUGUCAUGCAUACAGAAAAAAUCCGUUAAGGAAUUCGAAAUAUGCAUUGUGAAGGACAUUCAGGGCGCGGCUCCUUUUGAUCAUACUGGUAGCACCUACACCAGCAACACUCGAGAUGCUGGAUCUUUGGAGACACGUUCUGCCAGCCAACCCACCAGUACACGCAAUGGUAUCUCGGCAUCUGGUAUUGUAAUAGGUUGCGCAGUCGCACUGGUUAUAUUGAUAGUGCUAUCCUUCUUUCGUCGCUUCAAAAGGAAGGCAAGCAAAUUUGUUGAUGAACGCUUGCCAUUCAGUAAUCGUGAGGAAGAUUUGCUGGCAAACCACAGAAGUGAGCCUGAUCUUAAAAUUGCGCCAAUUGGAAAUUCAACGCUUGUGGCUGACAUGGACUUAGGAAAAGAUCAAGUGACUCUUCAUAAAAAGCUGGGGAUACAAGGCCUGUGGAUCGGCGAGUAUCGAGACGCGAAAGUUGUCGCACUCAAAUUUGUACCGCGAGAAUUGGACAUGACGAUUGAUGAGCUUAACGCCGUCCGGUUGUCGUAUGUGCCUCUUCGACACGAAAACAUUGUAACUUUCUUGGGAUCCUGCUGGACUGAACGCGAAGAGGUCCUGAUUGUAGUGGAGCACAUGGCCAUGGGCAGUUUAAGAAAGGUACUGGCAGAUGAUUCCAUUGAGCUCGCCUGGCCGCAGCGACUUCAGAUAAGCAAGGACAUUUGUUCAGGAUUAAACUUUGUUCGCUCAAGUCAAGGAAGUAGAUUGUCGUGUAACCUGACGGCCAGGAGUGCGUUCGUUGACGCCCAGCUUAGAUGUAAGCUAGAUAUAUUCGACUACGCCUUAAGUCUUCGAAAAGACCUGAUACCUGUGCGGUCGUACGGACACGGUGACAUCGCAUGUCGGGCACCAGAAUUGUUAAAGGGUGAGGAGGUCACUGCUGCAGCUGAAAUUUACGCGCUAGGUGUGAUUUUUUGCGAGAUUUCGUCGCGUCGCAAACUUUAUGAACACCUUUCAGAGGAGCAUGGUUCGACAAUGGCUGAUAUCAUUAUUGCAAUCGAAGUGGUAGCGCAACGCUUAAAGCCGUCACUCGCAGAAGAUGCUCCGCCUGACUUUCGCGAAUUAACCUUGCAAUGUCUAUCGUACGCACCAGCAGACAGACCGCAAUUAAGCGCAGUUUUGAAUAUGUUUCCCAAAUAUUAA